AUGCCCGUCGGACCUCGAGUAUCCAAAGAAGAAUUCAUGCACGCAUUGGGUCUAAACCCCCAAGACCCUCAUCAUGAGCAAUACUACCGCGCCAUGCGAGACGAAGCAAUCAUUGUCUACAACCGCAUGAACCUCGACACCGCAAACCUCCUCGACAACGUGCGCGCCGACCCAACAACCCGCCCGCCCUUUUUCUGGCACCACAUCCGCCCAGACUGCCAGCGCUGGGCGAUCCUCGAGAUAUGUCACAAUGCGCCGCCGCUCGUGCGCGGCUUGUUCGAGCGCGGGGCGACGAAUGGCGAAUACGGCCCGAAUUGGGUCGCCGGUUGGUUGUUGUAUAGUGUUUUUCGGUCGCGCGAUGUGAGGAAUAAUCGGAAUAGGAGGAAGGGGGAGACUGGUGGUUCUGCGGGUUCGGAGUCUGAUAAACGUACGAGGCAGGAGGAGACGACGCAGCCGAAGAAGUACUAUGAUCCUGUGCGAAAUGGGACACUGUGA